AAGUACAACAGAACUCUGUGCGCGUCCAUUCAUUUCCUGAGAAGCGGCUGAGCAGCUGAGAGAGGAGCAGAAGGGGAGGGCGCUCGCACACACGCACGCACGCACAGGCUCGCUCACACUCACACACGCAGAGAGGUGGCAGAGAAGAGGAGGAGAGGAGACGGAGAGAACUGUAGAAAGGGAGAGCGGUCUCCUGGUCUCCACGGCUCCGCAGCUACUGACAAGGCGGCCUAAGAAACAGGAUGUUAAUGCUUGACGGAAUGCCUGCAGUCCGAGUCAAAGCUGAGCCCCUGGAAUCGGAACGAGGGUCACCCAAAGUGCGGCCUUACUCUGCGAUGGACAGCGUCCCAUUCUUCCUCAGCAGAGUCAAACCCGAACCUCCUGAGGACCUGCUCGCCAACGACCUUCACUUCCACACGCAGACCGAGCCCGUCGACCUGUCAAUCAACAAGGCCCGCUCCUCUUCUUCUUCGUCCACCACCCCCACCAAGUCGUCCUCGCCUCUGAGAUCGGCUUUCUCGCCGUCCUCCUUAUCCGCCUCCUCCUCUCCGUCAGUCAUCACCUCGGCCUCCUCGGUGCUCUCGCCGGGCCCUCUGGUUGCCCCGGGAACAGGGAUGAGAGGUCAGCCGUAUUUGCACAUCCUGCACUCUGUUCCGCCGCCUUCGUCCAGCCCUCUGAGCCUGCAGGGAGCAGGGAAGCUGGCCAGCCAUGUUCACAGAAUCCCAGUUGUGGUACAGUCACUGCCCCUCAUGUACACUACGGCGGUGCGGUCGCCCUCCAGCAUCAACAACGCCAUCAUGCUACCUCUGCUGGAUGAGGCCAAAAGCCAGGGCAAAGCACACACAGACCACAACGGUUUGUCGCCGCGGCAGAUCAAAAGCGACAGCGAUGACGACGACCUGCCAAACGUGACCCUGGACAGUGUUAAUGAGACCGGCUCCACAGCGCUCUCUAUAGCCCGAGCCGUGCAAGACUCGAUGUCGCCGUUCAGUAUUGAUAGCAUACGACGUCCGCGGAGGUCUGAGUCACCGGAUUCCAAGAAAAGACGAAUCCACCGAUGCGACUUUGAGGGCUGCAAUAAAGUUUACACCAAAAGUUCCCACUUAAAAGCACACCGGAGAACACACACAGGGGAAAAGCCAUACAAAUGCACUUGGGACGGCUGCACGUGGAAGUUCGCCCGCUCCGACGAGCUGACCAGGCAUUACAGAAAACACACGGGGGUGAAGCCCUUCAAGUGUGCAGACUGCGACCGCAGCUUCUCCAGAUCUGACCACUUAGCCCUGCACCGACGGAGACACAUGCUGGUGUGAGUCGGGGAUUUCAAUGAGGCAACUCGGAAGUGAGCUCAUCAGACACAGAAGCAGCAGAGGGAGCUGGAUCUCCCCGUGAAUGUUACUCAGCUGGCCUGACCGCUCACAAACACACGUGGGAGGAAGGAAGCCCGCACAAAGCUGGUUGAGCACAAAACAGGGUCACUUCUCUGGGCUGAAGGAAAAUGUCAGCGGGAUCUUUUAUCGGAGCCUGGCGAGGAACUGUCCCUUACAGCACUGUUUGUAAAUGUUAGAUUUUUAAGGCAAACUUUAUUUGGAUGAGUCAGAAAUGCAAUUUUCUCUUUUUGGUAUUUGAUUUCAAUGGCUGCUGCUUUCCAGCAUUCAUAAUGUGAAACCCGGGUGGGACGCGGAGCGGGGGCCCACCCCGCAGUAUUGCCGAGUCAGCGAGAGAAAAGAACGGAUCGACCUCAUCGACACAUCAAAACCUGCAUUUCAUCACACCAGCAACCAUUUUAACCCCGCCAUCUUUUUCGUUUGAGCCUCUUUGAAAGCGUUUUCUUAACUUCUUCGUGGAUUUCGUGCUGUGAUUAGCAAUCAGUAAAGUGCAAUCUUAAAGGAUACUUUCAGUAUAAUGAAGUUCUUUUUGUUGGAUUUUUUUUUUUCAAUGCUUGCUUUGGUUACUAUCCAAUACAACCCCUCAUGUACAGUGAACUUUUGAAACAAUCAUGUUGAGAUUUCCAGGAUGUGAAAAAUACAGAGGCACCUUACGGACUCGGUUGAAAGAAGGAUUUUUACAGACGCGAGGCAGAUGUUGUGGUGUUGAGUUUCUAUGACAGAAGAGCAAUACACGCUGAUCAAAGAGGCGAGGAAGCGCUUCGGCUUCCUCGUCCAAAUCUGAGGAGUAACGCCAUCGAUUCAGUCUGUUCCCCUCUGUGACUAAUGUUGCCUCUUGUUUCAUGUUUUGACACAGAUGUCACACCGCUUCACACUCAAACCUAUGCUGUUUAAAGGACCCACAGAAUGUUUGUGAGAGGUUCUUGAGGCUGUUUAGUAUUAGUUUAUUUAUCUUCCGCCACUGACCUGAGGUUGGGUCGUGGGGGCAGCAGCUGGUUCUAGCAGGCCCACAUUCCCCUCUCCAGCUUUUCUACUACGGCAAUCCACCCGAGGCAGGUUUAUGCCUAGGAUUUUUUGGAGGCUGUCCCUCGACCCAAAUUUAUAUUUGAAUUAAUAUUUAAAAUAUUAGUCACUAGUACGGUGUUGUGCAAAAAACAUGUCAGGAAUGUUUCUCCAUGGCCUCUAUGAUCUCCUCCCCAUCAGUGUCACGGUCUGCGACUCAUGGUUUAUCGCCUCCUAGGAGAACCCAUCGUUUUUGACCUACUUCCUUAGUCCUUUUCAACAUAGACAGGACAUGCUUUGCAUUUUCAGAGUUCCUCCCAUGAGCCGCUGAUCCUCCUCCAGCUGAGGAAGGAUAACACCUGCAGCCUAGGUGUUCCGCUCGAUUCCAACUGAGAAGUUUGGGAUUUAGAGGGCGAUUCUCAUCCUGAAAUCACAAUAGCAGUGUGCAUAUAAAUAAGAAACAUCUUCUCUUCACAACAUAUUAAUAUCUGUCAAAAAACGUGUGACAAAACGGACAACUUUGCUCGUAAGAUCGACAUUCUACGGGUCCUUUAAAAGGCGCUGAAUUCUCAUUCUCCAGUCCUUCGGUUUCCCCUCUCAACCAACCUCCAACAGAAGCAUUUGCUUUUCUUUCAUCCGCAAGCGUGAUUCAGGAGCUCCUCACCGAAUGUAUCAUAAUGUAUCUUAUCAUUAUUUAUGUAUUAUUUGUGCACAUGUCAUUAUUUUCUGGCUGUUCGUAUCAUUUCUGGCCACAAAAAAAGCAUAUCAGCACCUUGUUUGUUUUAUUCAUUUGUUGAUCAAGAUGUCAAAUUAUAAUCAAAUAUUCAUGCUCGUAUUUUAUCACCCGUAUAAUGUAUAUAUCAUUUCAAGAUCAAGGGGGCACUAUAUCUCUUUUGCUGUAAAUCUUUGUUUUUUUCCCUUUUUUUUUUGAAAUGUUGUAAUAUAUGUGAUAGUGAAGAGUUAAGGCAGAAAUGUAUUACAAAGUUCUACGCUUUUGUACAUAGACGUUGAAGGAAAAUAGGGCUCUCGAUCAGCUACAGGAAAUACAUUUAUACGAGUCUUUUUACAGAGACUGAUUUAUCUAAUUUGCUACACAUCAAAACGGGGCUAACAGUGUUCAUGAUGUAAAUGACCGUAUGUGAUGUUAUAUAGCAUUUUUUUCUCUCAAAAAUAUAUAUAUAUUGUGGUUAAUGAAGCUCAUGAUCAAACCUUCUCAGCAGCUCCAAAUUAUUUAACUCCAUCACGGUACUUUACAACACAACAUUGCGACUUUGCAUGCCUUAAUCCAACACGUUUAAAAAAAAGGAAGAAAAAAAAAAGAAAAAAAUCCACUUGAAUUCGAUCAGACAGGGUGUAUUGUAUUUAUGACAAUAUUUGCAAGCAUAAUUUUGCUACGGCGAACAGGGUCAAAGUUAUGCAAUAAUAACAAAGAUAAUAAUGAAUAGUGCCUCAUGCUACACACUUGUGCUCAAAUUUCAAACAACAUGGGUUCUGAAUGGAAAUAAGCACAAUGAUAUGCACCUGCAAUAGUUGUUUUUUUUCCAUUGUUGUUGAAAAAUACACCAUCCUCUAUCACACACUGGUUUUCUCGCAAUACCGUUUUAAGCGGAACAAAGUGGUUAUGAGCUGUCACAGUUGAAUACUGACCAUUGGAAGAGACUUGCCUGCUCUUUGUCAAUAUUGUCACGUUUAUUUCCUUUAGUUUUUCAGGCCGACUAUGAAAUACAUUUCAAAGUUGCAGUUAGCUCAAUUGAACGUUAGGUGGCAGUAGCAUUAACACGCUCACGUCACACGUGAAGUAGAAGCAAAGAAGAAGGUUCGCUUCUUCUUUGAACAGGGUCCUUCAAAAGGUUCGUAAAUUCGAAUGGUAUUACCCUCAAAAAUGUAACUCUUUUUAUUGACUUUUCCUGAAAAGUUCAUUGAAGUAUGUUCUGCCGGUUGCUGCCGUGAUUUGUUUACUGUCAUAUUAGACAGUCCCUUAACAAGCUAGGCGGAGCUAAUAAAUAGCAAAACAACUGAAAAGUUUGUUGACAAUUUGGCCUCGAAACUUCAAUAUUUCUAAACUUUACAUGCGUUUGUGUCUCCUGAAAGACUGCUUUUCUGGGAGACACAUUUUGGACCAGUAUUAUUCUUGUAUUUUUACACCAAAUGAUUGCUUUAAAACAGCACCUCAUCUGCAAAACAUGAAAAUGGUUUGCUGAAGAAAAGUAUUACUGCAACAAUACAUUUAUACCCACAUUUGUUUGAUCCUUUUGGAUAUAUAAUGAAGUAAAAGUAUUAUGUGAAGUGUGAGGCGAAUAACCUGCCUUCCAAUGUAUGACCACUAGAGGUAGCAAUUGCUUCACUUGAAUCGAAAAAUCAUUCCUCAGUGGGUAGAUUCCAGGACGCUGCAAUUGUUGAACAACAUAGAUGAGCUAUAAAGAGUCGUUUACUCUGAGCUGUAACAAAAAAUCGGUCAACUUGUAAUGGUCAGAAUUUGCCAGUGUAACUUGAGGUUCUGAUUUAUCAGAUCCCUGACCUCUCAUGUGCCCUUUUUUGGACAACCCAUACUUUCAAAAUAGCUAUUAUUAUUGUUGAAAAUCCAGCCAUAAUCCACCACCAUCAUACAUUCUGAAAUCCAGCUCUCAAUUCAAUUCAAAUCCAAAUCCAACAAGCAAAACCAAAACGUUCCUCCUCACCAUGUUUGGCUGUUCCAAAGUAUCUGGUCAGUGGCAUGAAGGUGUUACAGACCAAAUCGAACAUUCACACUUCUGUCAUCAACAAACAAAUCCAGCUGUGGAGCAAUGCCUUUAAUAAUGAAAUUUGAUCUUAAACAUUUCUCUAGCUUCUUAAUUUGGGUGUCUUUUGAUUUCAUUUUGAGGAUGCUUUAAGUCUUUUCACCUUCUUUCCCUUGUAUUUAUGUAAAGUGAGUGUUGUGUAAAUAUAUUCCAAUCUUUUAUGUGAUUAUUGCUUCAAAAGGGAGAUUCUGCUGAUGAAAUAACCACAUCUGUUAGAAAAAAAAAGUGCAAAAUUUUUAAAGUGAUGCUUGACAAAGCGUCCUGGACAGGUGACCUUUUGUUCUGUUACACUUGAUUUUUCUCUUUCUUUUCUCUAAGAGUUGUAUUCAGUCAGUGGUUUGUCCUUUUCUGUAUUUUUCUUAUGGAUGGAGCUGUGAAAUUAAAACAAGUUCAAACAUAUAAAUGUAUAUUAAUAUCAAUGGAGGCAUGAAGGUUAAUAAAAUAAUUGCAUUUUGUAUGUAACAUUUGAGGGAUGUUGCCGCCUGCUGUCUGUGACUGAGAUGGUGGUUUUCAUCUCAUGGGA